UGCACAGGUCCGCGACCCACCAGAUAUCGCAAGGCAUCGUUCCUCUUUGUCCACCUUUCAACGACUAUGUUGUUUGUACAGUUUGGUUUGGUGGGCUAGGGGCUUCCGCUUUCGCAACGACCGCCGACCACAACCCGGAUCAACGCCCGGCGCCAGUGCGACCGCAGCGCUACAGCAUCUCUUGCCUCUGUUUGAUUUCGUCAACGCAGUAAACGACCUUCGUGCUAGAAGUAUCCACUACAUACCGCACCAAUGGAUCUCGAGGAAGGAUGGAGAGUCCGAUGCUUGGACGACGAACCCAUAUACUGCGAGGCACCUCAUGACGAAGCCGAAGUCCUGUAUGCAGGCUCCGACGACGAACACUACGACAACCCCGACGAGAGGAAAUCCCGAUACGAGAAAGCUGCCAUUCGGUUUCUGCAAGGCCAUACACCUGUCUUGCUCACAACUGUUCUCAGAGGGCCUUUUGAAGGCCCCGACGCCAAAGGCUGGGUCAAUCCAUGGCAAUCCAGAAGGAGAACGGCGCCAGUGUCAUCCACCAAAAAGGCUGCGCCGGAGCAUCUGUCAGAAAUCACUUCAGAUCCUGAACCCGAAAUUCUCGAAACGCAGAACGGUGGAAGCCCGACAUCUUGCCACUUGCCGAGUCCGCGAAGCCUUGACCAAGUUGACAUUACCCCACAUCCCUUCCUGGAAGAAGAGGACCUCCAAAGAGUCGAAUCAUGGAGGAGCACCGCCGAAUCGGCAAGCAGAACGGAGGAACCUACCUGGUCAUUUGAUGCCUCGCUUUCUCAAUCUCAACAUCGGUCUCAACGCAAACGUCGCCCAGUAGGGUCGGAGUGGCUCAAAAGAGAUGACCAUAAACGUCGAAAGGCCGGCAGGGUGCACGAUCUGGAACGGCCUUCUGUCAGGCCCCAACGUAAUACACCAAGCCUACAUCGAGAACUGUCGGAUCCGAGAACGCCGUCUCGUCAAAAGCAACAAGAUAUCAUCAUGGCUGCGGAAGCCGGCAGGAAAAGCUUGGAGAGCCCUGGGGCCAGCUCAUCGUCACCGCACAAAGCAUCGCUUGCUGUUACAGCUCGAUCUUCGCAGCGGUUGUCGUCACAGGCUUGCGACAAACGGAAUUCUUCUCCAGAGAUGCCAGCGCCUUUAAGUACGCCCUUCCAGACUCCGGAGUCUUCUAAAAAGCCAGUGACAACGCCGGGAAGAGCCACAUUCGGGUCCAGGCUUCGAAGUAGUAGCGCGGCUAUGAUUGAACAAGCAACCCGUAGUGGUGACGAGUUCGAGACUCAGCAGGAUGAAAGCUUUUUGUUCCGCGCCAGACCCCGGGCACAUACUCCAGGCAUUACGCAACUGAGCCCUACACCAAGAAUGUCCCUUGAGCGGGUCUCUUCGCUGUCUUCCACGGAUUCCUCCGAGACGGACUCUCGCGCCGAGUUACCUGACCUGGAUGGGGACACAUGUAUGGCAGAUGACACCAAAGCGACUUUUCCCGAAUCCCGUGCGGAGAGCAAUGAACACCACCGAGGGUCCCCAAAGGAAAAUAUGGAGCUGGUUGUGGAGCAAGCGACGGAAGGUGAAGUGGAAAACGACAGGCCGCAGUCAGCACAUUCAAGUGAAAAAUCGGCUACUGGCUACACCGAAGAUACCUUGGUUGCUACAAACCAUACGCCCAUCAGAGGGCUUAAGCAACCGGAACUUACCCAACCGAGCCCGACAACUAAGCAGGAUAGUCCAUGGAAGGCAGACGUGCCAGCUAUGGCUCUGCCUCAGCAGCAACAACUCCCUACCGAAGACGGCCAUGGGAGCUUUGUGGAUCCCAGCUGCCAGAGUCCCUGGACUGCGAGUCCUGAGAGAAUUCGUCAGACCGCGCAAGCAGCUUUACUGUCUAGUGUUUUUGCCGUCGCAACACCGGUCUCGCCAUCUCCGCUCGCACCUCCACCUCCAGUCUCUGUGAAUUCCGAUGCGCUUGUUGCCGAUCGUGCUCCCGAUACUCAACAUGCUGCUGCCGUCGCCGAUAUCGCCAGUCCAAGCUCUCCUGCGCCGAUUCUUUGCAUCAAGUCUUUUGCGAAAUUCAUGUCUCCUUCACCAGAACAACCUCACCGCCGGUCCAAAAAGAUCCGCUUGAGUGACGGCCACCUACCCAGCACUCAAAACCUCAUCGCGGCGACGACCGAUAACCCCUGGGGAAAUUCGCCAAGGCCUUUUAAACGAGUCAGGUGGGCACCGAUGCCCGACGAAAACGACAAUGGAGAGGGCCGGUGCCCCCAAACUCCGACGGGCCCUAGAGCCUUAUCUCCUCCACCAGAGACAGCAGUGGCUGACGUAUCAACCGGCGACGACGAUCAGUGCCUGAAGAUUUUCCAGAAUCAUUUCAAGGCUGUUUCGCGACGCAGGAAGCUUCACCACCAUCUCCUGCCGUCCGCGUCCCAGCAGUUUCUUGAAAGUCCGGCACCCAUGGCCAUGGCGGAGGCCUUUGUCGCAGCAGACUCUCUCAGAGCACCUCCGGCCCCUGAAGCAACCACGUGUCCUGGAGAAAUAUCCUUACCGACGAACGCCGAGACCCAGGAGUCGGCAUUGGAUGACGUUGCCGACAUUCUGCGUGACGUCAAUGAGUUUAUCGGGAUGUUCGACAUUGAGGCUGACCUUGCGAGGACCAAGGAGGAGGAGGAGCAAAAAGUCAUCGAGAGACGACAGCGACAACAGCAACAGAGCCAUGGUCUGGGCGGCGCCUUUGUCAGCGGUUUGAACUUUGAAGGAAUGAUGGAUGCAGGAGUAUGGGAUUGA